UCCACAUCAAUAAUAUAACAAAAGGCCAAUGAUCAUAACAGUCGAGGCCCUUAUAAAACCUAUCAAUCGAUCAACCAAUCAAUAUAAUAAAAAGUAUCGUAAUUCACCAUUGUAUUAUUAGGUGGCGAUAACAGUUAAAUCCUCCACAUUGACAGAACGAAAAUGAGAUUAUUGUAUUGGUGUUUGUAUCAUUGAUCCCUCAUUGUCCGUAAAUAGGUUGAGUGAACAAAAACACAAUAUUGGUAUAUGUAAAUCAUAUCAUAUGUAAAUCAAGUAUUUUACAAGUAAAAGUAGUAGAUAACGUUUCUCAUAAUAAGUUAAAUAAUGUCCCACUGCUACAAAAUUAAGUAGUGAAAUCUGAAAGUUGCUCUAAGUUUUAUCUCUUAUUUGAAUUUUAAAACCUGUUUAUUUUGCGUAUUAUAUUUGCUCCUUUAUCAAUAUGAUUUUAAACACAGUGUUUCGUUCAUUAAAAAAUAUAAAAUCGCAUAUACAAUACAGUUGCAAAAUGUAUAGUACUGGAAAUAUUUCUGAUAAAUAUAAAAUGCUAUCGGUAUCGGUACCAAAAGAAUUUGUUUAUAUGGUAAAGUUAAAUAGACCUGAGAAACUUAAUGCUUUAAAUAAUAACAUGUGGAAAGAAUUUAAACUUUGUUUUGAUGAAUUAGCAGUAGAACCAGAAUGCAGAGUGAUAGUUCUCUCCGCUGCUGGUAAAAUUUUUUGUGCAGGUAUUGACUUGCAAGAUAUGAUGAAUCUAGGUCAACAAUUAGUAGAGCACGAUGAUGUUGCACGAAAGUGUAAAGUUUUACAACAAAAAAUAAAGGGUUAUCAAGAUAGUUUUACUGCAAUAGAAAAAUGCCCAAAGCCUGUAAUUGCAGCUGUACACAAUGCAUGCAUUGGAGCUGGUAUAGACAUGAUAUCCGCAGCUGAUAUUCGUUAUUGCACUUCUGAUGCAUGGUUUCAAAUAAAAGAAGUAGAUAUUGGCUUAGCUGCUGAUGUGGGUACACUGCAAAGAUUUCCAAAAAUUAUAGGUUCUGAUAGUUUAGCUAGAGAACUAGUGUAUACUGCGAGGAAAUUCACUUCUUCAGAGGCAUUACAAUGUGGUUUCAUUAGCCGUUUGUUUGAUAAUCAGGAAAGUUUAUUGGAAAAUUCAAUGAAACUUGCAGAAGAAAUAGCAAGUAAAAGUCCAGUAGCAGUACAGGGAUCAAAAAUAAAUUUAGUUUAUUCAAGAGAUCAUUCUGUCCAAGAGAGCCUGGAUUAUAUUGCAUUACAUAAUCAAGCUAUGCUACAAAGUGAAGAUCUUGUAAAUGCUACUAUGUCUCAAGUUACCAAGACCCCGCCUGUGUUUUCAAAAUUGUGAUAUUUAAAUUUCUAAAGCUGUGAUAUACAUUUAUA